UGGAGCCUAAAACAACCACAUCAAGGUCGGCGCUAGCUACUAAACCUCACGUCAUGGCUGCAACGAGGGAUGGGAUGUCAAAACCAGGGGAUGAUAUUGACCGGUUGGCUUUACGAAUAAGUCUUGCUGACAUUGAUGAACAGUUUGAAAAAAUCCUUCAAAAAUCUUUGGUUUUUAUCCUGAAGUAUUUGUCCAAGUAUGAAGAUCAUCGGAAAAAACUCAUGGAACUUCUCGGAGAUGUGACUCGGAGACUCAGAUGCAGACCUAAUAUUCAGGUUCCUGUGCACGAAUUAUUGUUAAGUUACAAUGAUCCGUCAAACUCUGUGUUUUUGGUUAAUUUCUCGCAUAUGUACAUAAGACUAGGAUUUCCGCGUCUACCUCUACGACAGAAAAUAAAACUAUUUCCAGUAUUAUUCGCAUCACUUUCUGAUGAUAAACCUAUUUGUCAAAGAGACGGUUUACUUCAUUUAGUACUACCUGUUGUCGAUAGUCUCACCAAUGAAUUGGCUCCGCGUGACCCAUGUUUCAAUGAACUCAUAUAUCAAAGACGUUACAUUACAGACUUUUUCUCCUUAGUGAUGCUUCUACCUUAUAAUUUUCAGAAAUUAGUCAGAUCAGAUAGAAGUGAUCCAACUAUACCAGACGGGUACAACUCCUUCGAUUUAGGUAGGAUGUUACACGAACAAUUUACCUGCAUAACAUCCGCUGAGGAACUGGAAAAGUACAAAGUGGGUAUCAUGACAUUUUACACACGCCGCUUUUUCCCCGCGGAAGAAAGUAUAAUACCAGUUCUUUUUGGUUAUGGAGACAGUCGCCAUUCAGUAGUCUCUAUUGCAGCAAAGGAACUUCGGACACUAAGCAUUCUUGUAGAUUGGGAGGAUGAAUCAUUGUUAAAUCGACUUCUAGCUUGGUAUCUUGGUCGUCGUCGAGAUUUCGAUCCCAAAGGACGCAAUGAGCCUCGUCGUCCUCUUAGCCCCAAUAUGCGCAUCAAGCUUGGUCAUUAUCUUAUGCGUUCGCGUAUAACAUUUCCAGGCCCUUUAGCUUCUAGCUUAGUGGAAGCUGCUAUGCUAGCUCUUGAUCCGAGUUCAUUAGCACAGUCAAAUUUUCUUUCAAACUCUGGACAAAAGUGUACGGCUAACUGCAUUCAUGGUACGAUUGAGAAUGGUUCUACUUCAGAUAAUGAUUCUGCAACUUACGUACAAACGACUAGUAAGGCCCAAACAGAAGAAACAAUACCCGCCAGUACACCUGGAAAUCCUACUUGUUCUUCAACUUCAGUUAUUCAACAGAGGCGCUUAGCUGAGCAUGGGCUAGAUUUACUUUCUCAUCUCAUCAAUAAUGUCACGGCUCUAAAUGGAUCAGCAUCUGUCGCGGCUCUUCGAUGUCUUAUCAACUUUGCUUAUGAACGUACGAGCGAUGAGUUAACAUAUGUACGGGCAAGGGCUUUCGAAAUUCUUUCUCGCUUUCUGGCUCGUGACCCAAACUAUUUACUUAAAGACCCUGGUCAGCUACCUCGAUUGUUUGACGUCUUAUCUGAGGAGAAUCCUAAUGAACUGAAACUUGCUGCAGCUCAUUGUUUGAGAAGGCUAGCCGUCGCUUUACACAGUGCACAAAAACAAAAUUGUCUUUCUAUUCGAGGACACUUAGUUAAGUUGGAACGUCUUCUCUAUGAAAAUAUUGAGAAGCCCGACCCCCUGAGUCGUUUAGUUGCUGUCAACUUUGCCGGUCUAAUAUAUCCAUCUGAUCACAUCCCUACGAGGUAUCUUAUACUGCAGGCAUUGGGCGACAAGGAUCCUCGCGUAAGAGCUGAAGCAUGCGUGGCUUUCGAACAGUUUCUUGACCCUAAUAUUAUUCAUGACAUCGUCUAUGGGCGCGUUAAACUACCAUCUUUCGUUGAAUUUGUUAAUCAUGAUACUCAACAUUCACGUAAAAACCCGUUUGUUGAAGUGGAACGUCUGAUUCCGGUGGUUCAGUUUAUUCGUUUAUGCUUGUUGGCAACCCAUGGUGGCCUAACACCUGCACAGGAGGCUGGGCUUACUUACGAAACGGAAGAAGAGGUUCGAUAUUUGAUUAACCAAACUGUACGGUACUUUCUUUCUGCUGGAAACUUGACGACAGCCGUAUCUCAAACCCCUCUUUCAGUUAGCAACACAACAUCUGUAUCUACAACUUCAACGAGUACCUCUAUUUCCACUGGUGCCAAUGUUCCAGUUAUCAAUCCUGAACAAGCGAAACGCAGUAUCGACACUUAUUUUCGUCUUAUUCAAGUGGUUAUUUUCACGCGAUCGCAACACACUAAAGAUUCUCCAGAUUUCCCAAACUAUCUAGAAGAAGUUUUGGUUGGCAAUACCAAAGAAUUGAUUACUUGUAAUAAGCAACUUUUUGAUCGUAUGAAUAAUGUAUUGUUGGCAACCCCUAGAGGAGCGAGUUGUCGUCACGCUUGCGCUUCUGUCUACAGUGUGGUUGUUAUGGAAACUGAAGCCCCCGCUCAGGCUUUGCAAACAGCAAAAGGUAUGCUGGCUACACUUCCCAGCCCAGGUUCUGUUAUUGAUGGCGAAUCGUCCCAUGCAGUUCAGGGCAUGUUCAUGGGUGCAGCUUAUCUUCUCGAACGGUUAUUCACGGCUUAUGUUGUACCAUUUAAUUCCACUGGUGUCACUUCUAAAACCAAUAAACAGUCUUCAGCGGAACAAACGAAAAAGGGAAAAAAAGAAAAACAACAAAAUCAUAGAAAUCUCCAAACUGAUAUUAUUCGGACUAUAGAGGAACUGCUAAGUCUAAUGGAUGGAUUUUUGGUAAAGCCUAGUCAGCUUGUUGAUAGUCUAAAAAUAAAUAACACAAAAAAUACUCUGGACAACGAUGGAUAUUGCUAUGUUAAUUCUAGUGUAUCACAAGCUACGGUGGUUGCAUUACUCGAGGCACUUGUUGUUAUUGGUAGAGCUGGUUGUUUAUCGCAUCUUCCAUCCGGAACAUUACCCAUUGAAGGUAAUAAUUCGACCACCUCAUUACUGUGUUCCAAAGCUUCAUUUGUUCAUCGAAUUGUAUCAUAUCUGCCAACCGUUAGUGAAGAACGUUCCUCAUCGUCACUCAGAUAUCCAAGAGUUUCACAAGCUGCUCUUCGAACUUUGGCAGCCGUUUGCAUGGGUGAAGGUUAUCAAACCACAAAAGAUGAAGCAUCUCAUUCUUCAGAAUCUAAAGCAACCGAAAACUCAAAACCCAAAUGUCAUCCCCACACGAUUUCUAUUUUGAAAAUUAUGGUGGGUACGGCUGAAAUUAACGACCCAAGCCUUCAUUUAGCUGUAGGGACUGCCCUAGCUGACUGCAUUCUUGGACCUAUAUCACCCUAUCGAUUUCAUUGGUAUGAAAGGAAUUAUCCUCUUGUCAUUCCAGCACAUAGUUUAAAUGCUGCUGUUACCGGACCAAAUGCUCGAUGGUUGGCAGAACAACUUCGAUCACUACUUACCCCCCGCCCAGGACAGGUCCAAACACGACCAGUGACAAUCGCUGCAACUUUAUGGAUUCUUAACUUAGUUCGGCGUUUGGGUCCACUUCCAAAAUCACUACUUUCUUACCAGUUGCUAAUUGAUCUUUUGGACCAAAAAGAUGAGUCCGUUCAGUGCGUUGUUGUUGCAACUUUGGGCUUAAUUUAUGAUAGAAGUUCAGAAGACGAACGUUCAGAGCUUAUUACAAGUUUAACACAAGCAAUCGGAGAUGAUAAAAAAUCCAGUUCCCCAGUUUAUCAUGAACUGUGCAACUUAGCUCAACAAAUUGGACGCCCAGACUUGGCUUUAUCAUUAAUUGUGUUAGCCAUCGCUCUCCCAUCGACGUCACGUAACGCCAAUGCUUCUGGGAAUCAUCAAUCCGGAAGUUGUUUUUCUAAUAUAGCAUUCAACUUGGCAUCAAGCGUUACUUAUUCAAGUCUAGUACGACGACUCGGUAGAUCUUUAGCUCCCGCUCUCCCACGCCUAGUACCUCGAGUAUUUGUACGUCGUUUUGAUUUUGCUCGACCUAAACUUCGUCAGGCAAUGGAGAAUGUUUGGCUUGGUUUGGUUUUAUAUGCAACUAAUUCGGCAACACCAUUUCUAUCAACUAACACUUCAUAUCCUAAUAUAUCUGGUUCGUCAUCAACAAUAACAAGUCCAACCAAUCAAAAUACUCAGUUGUCCUCAUCACCCGUACCGAAUUCAUUGCAUUCUUUAGUUUCGGAAAUGAUUGAAGCACAUUUCAACGCGAUCGUAUGUGAAAUCAAAACUCAACUGGGAUUUAACACAUUGAGCUUUCAUUCAACACAAAUGGGUGGCAAUUCUCCUCAAUCAACCACAAACGUUCCUAACGGUUCGGGAACAUUAUCAACAAAUAAAAUACCCUCAAACACUUCCCAAAACAGUGGUACGGGCACACAAAACAUUCGUUUAAGAGAUGCCUGUUGCUUGGCUAUAAGUAGUUUAGCCACACAUCCUUCAGCUGAUAAGCGUCUUGCAGGGCAUUUGCCCGCUCUAUUGUCUGGACUCCUUAAUCUAUGUGAUGAAUCUGAAUCAAGUGACAUACUUGAAAAUGAUAAUUCAGGCAUCACAACUCCCGCUGAAGAAGCUGCCAUCACUGUACAGAAACUUGUUAUACGUGUUCUGGAAAAUCCGUGCUCUCGUGAAGCAGCAACUGGACUGUUGCCUGGUUUACUUCCAGUGAUUAUUGAGCGUGCACCAUGGUCACUAAGUGCAGACACAGCUUCGAAUAAGAAUGGCCGUCAACCUUCUAGUGAGUUACGACGACUAGCACUGGAACUUCUUUUAGCAGCUGCUCGUACUGCACGUCCAUCUGCACUACGUCCUGCUCUUCCACAGCUCGUAUUAUCCGGAUUACAAGCAAUGUCUUCUAUUCACCCGUCGGUUGUUGCUAAUUUAAUGCGACAGCCUAUUCAUCAUCUACAUAUUUAUUCACAGGCUGCUCCAAAUUCAUUGAAUUCCACCUCAGGAUUACCAUCAGCAACGAACAUUUCACUAAGUGUUGCUCCGUCUAAUAACCCUACUCAACAAUCUGUAUUACCUUCAUUAAACCCGGCUUCAGCUUGCAAGGAAGUUCAAAUGGCAGAAGUUCUGAGAUUAUGUGUUCGGCUGCUUGAUGAUAUUUGCCUAUCACGCCUCAUUGUACCAUUCACUGAACUCUUAAAGGCUGGUGGUGGAUCUUCUUCUGCAACUAUAGGUUCUAGCAGCGCUAGUGGAGGUAGUAGCGGAACUGGAGCUAGUGGUUCAGCUUCUAUUGCGACUGCUGCUUGUGUUUUCAUAAUUCAUCUAGCUGCAGCGAAUACAAACGCUUUGGCUGUCUCUCCUAAAACAACUACAUGCAUAAGGUGUGCAGCUUCUAGAUCGCAACUUGUAACCAGUGGUCUAGAUAAUUCAAACAGUUCUCCUAGUCAUAAAACAUAUAAUUCACCAUCUGGAUCAUCACACUCAUCACCUUCUUCCUUGUAUGGAUUGUCUCCCCCAACUCCUCCUUGCGGUUCUGCUUAUGAGGUUAGCGUACACUCUUUAAGCUCUGGGGCAAUUGACUCACCAACCCUUGGGAAUCGAUCUCGUACAAUGCUUCAGAGUCAAAAACACAAUUCAGUUGCUAACGGGUCAUCCAAUGUGCCUGAUGGUACUAGUUAUUCUAAUUCGUGUUCUGGUAAUCAAAUAAACUCUGUUUGUUGCAACUCUACUGGUGAUGGUUUCGCCUCCCUUGCUCCUCAUACGGGAAAGCUUCUGGCGGCACUCUUAUCUGCGCUUCCUGGUGCUUGUCGCCAUCCAAACUCAGCUGGGAAAGUUAUUCAAGAGGAAAUGGCUAGAACUUUAGCCAGUCUUUUGCGGUUUGCCAAAGAGACUAGUGUUACAAAACUGUUCAACCGUGUACGUUCGUGGUACUUACAACCAGAACAAGCUACAGCUGGUUCAGAUGGUGGUGUACAGGGUGGAAGUAACAUUUCAAUAAGCCAUUGGGCAUGUGUUCGUGUGCUACAUGCUGUUGCUCAUCAUUGUCCUGAUCUCCUAUAUGCUCAUGCUUGUAUUACUUUACCACUGAUUUUCUUAAGCAAACAGGUUGAAAGUGAGGUUGAAAAUUUAAUUUCUUCCAGAACAAGUAGUGCUAUCUUUCACUCGAAAAAUCGUAAUGUUGAUAUCAAUUCUCUUUGUGCUUCUCAUCGCGAAACAAAUACAAGUGUUUCUCCAUAUAUUAAAGAAAGCAUAUCAACGAAAUUGAAUUCCAGUGAUUUAGACAUUUACCAACAGUUGUGGCGAGAGUGCUGGGAAGAGUUGAUUUCUCGUAUUCCCUCGGCUCCAUGUUCACCUCAGUCUGUUUUGUUUUGGCCUAAUGCAGUAACAUUGGGUUUGAAAUCUAUUCUUCCAUUAGCUACAGGUUUAGCAAAUAGUUUCUUACGACGACCUCUUUUGGAUCAUUGUACACAACUGUUAUAUGACGCUCUUCUUGAGUCUCCUAACUGGUCAGUACAUAAUCAGGCUUCAUUUGCUAUACUUCAACUAGCUACUCGAAUGCUUGGUCAACCAUUUUCCACUUCUCCCAAUACAAGCGUUAACAAACACAGUAGAUGUUAUAGUCGCAUCCGAACAAGAACUAUUCACGAAACUUCUCCAGCUACUGUCAUAAAUGCAGGUCCAGUCAAUACUGUCCAAGAUUCACUUAAAUCUGGAGAUAAGCAAUGUCGGGAUCUGAAUAAAUGCACUUCGUUAGAAGUUAAUGGUAACGAAGUUGAAAUUCAAGAAAUUUUCGAACGAAAGAUCUUUGAUUUAGAGGAAAAUGAGAUCAUGAAUGACAAUGAUGACGAUGGGUUUUCAGACGAUGUUGAAGAUGAAGUUGAUGAUAUUUUGGUCGAAAAUGAAGAAUCUGCAGUUCAUGCUUGGCUCAUUUUAGUUCAGUUAACUGCCACUGCUCUCAAUAAAUGUAAACCGUGGCCUGGAAAGGUUUACCUGCUCCGAGCAGCAAGAUUAUUAGGCGAAUUUGCUCUAGAGCAACAGAACAUUAUCGAAGAACCAGCGAAUCAAGACGUUAUUCAUCAAAUGUGGUGCGCUCUUUUGCGCGAAACUCAAUCAAGACGAGCUGAAGGUAUCAAAAGUGGUUACCAGGCUGAAGCUUUCCUGACACUUGCAUCGUUCGCUGAAGCAUGUGGUAUUGAUGCGAUCGCCGAUAAUCAUCCCUACUCAACUGUUGAUGGCAAUCCCGAAGAAAAUUCUUCAACAGAAUCGCAUAGUGAAUUUAUCGAUCGUCUCACCAAGUUAUUUGUGCUGAUUAUUCCACAGUGGUUAAAACGUGGGAAAAAUGCUACACAAAAUAAAAAUUUAGAAAAUUUGAAACUUAACACCAAACUCAAUGAGUUCGAACUCGAACAGGCUGUCAGAGCUGUCGGGAUUAUAUGGCCGCUUAACGCUACGAAAGAACAUUUGCAUCGUUUCGCUGAGACAAUAAUCCUAUUGAACAAUGUUAUGACCCAAACUGGGAAACAUGUUCAAAUCUCUUGCUUGGCAAGUGCAUUAACAAUACUUGCGAAGCUGAGUCCAGAACAAAGUGCGCAUAUAGUCGAUUGUGCCGGCAAAUCAGCUUCAAGGUGUUUCUCAGAGUUAGGAUUGAAAGAGUUCAUUGGCAAACUAAAAAAAUCAGCCGAAAACCAAAAAUCCCAGUUACUCAGAGAACAUGCUCUGAGGACAGUCGCAGGAAUUCUACGACAUCCAAGUAAGCAAUCUUUUUGACGGUUAUUCUGAGUUUCUCGAUCAUGAGCAUUCAAACCAUGUUUCAAGACUUUUGAUUUAACAUUAUUAUAGUAAAUGGUCUAUUAGGUUUCCAUUGUCUUUUUAGGACAAAUAAAACAUUUUAAGGUUAUGGUUGGUAAUUUUCUGGAAGUAAUAUUAAUAAGUAACUAAUUCAUUCAUUGGGUAUUUAAGUAUUAGUCACAAAUCCGAGGGCCAAUGCUUCUGCUCGAAAUAGAUAAAGCGUGGUUCAAAUGUGGAACCUAAAGACUGCAAGUCUCACAUCCUUAAAAAAAAUCCACUAGUUUACAUUGUUAUCACUUGGCAUAGAAAGCUUGUGUCUGUAGGUCAUACCACAACGUUGACGUAUUCAUGAAAUAAUGUGCUUUAAUAACAUGUGCAUUACGCUGCAACCAUGUUUAGUUUGGCAUAAAAUUUGUAAUGCAUAUAUGUGUAAUGAAUUUGAGUGGAAAAAUUGUUAUGAGGGUAUUUUUCACAUGAAUACUAAUACUUUUUGUCAUUAAACACACCAUAACUAGGUAGAUCAAAUUUCUUACCCGUAUCUUAAAGUUCGACAUAUAUUUAUUCAUCUUUCCAAAACAAAUAACUGGCUCAACAAUAGUUUUUUAAGUGCAUAUUUCACCGUUUUUUGGUUUUAAGGUUUCAUGAACCUUUGUAAGGAUUCACUUCGUCAGCUCUUACAAUCAUUUUCGAAUGAUGGCGUUCAAGCUUUGCGUGAUUGGGCUUCUCAACUCAUGAACUCACUUUGAUGGACAUUACGGAUGUAUUUACUCUGUAUGUGGUAAUAUUUUGAAUCAACGACACAUCUUCUGUAUGAGUCAGUUUAAAAAUUAAUCAUUUAAUAUACUUAUUGAAGCUUCAUCUACUAUUCUAAUGGCUAAUUUAAUACAAUCCCAUAAAAGACGCUUCGUUUAACCUCUGAUUCUUGUCAAACAAAAACAGUCGUUAUAAACUGAACAUUUUAUUUUUCGAAUUACGUUUAGAAAUUUUAUACGGUGUUUCGUCCUAUAUUCAAACGACAAAACCUCCAACCGACCACUCAGCUGCCUAUUAAAGAAAAAAACUUUUAUUAAAUAUACACUACAAAUGUACUUUAACAUGUAUGAACAAAGCAAUAGGAUUACAAUGCGUAUGUAUGUACACCCAACAAAAAUUGUAUACUUUUGAGCUAAAUACAUAAUUACUCCAGUAGAAUUUCACAAGUCCGUUCCUUCAAAUACGUAUUAUAAUUAGAAGAUUAGAAUACUGUAGUAUGGGCAAGUAAGCAUAUAAUUGCCACACUAGCACUUGUUCAAGUACUUAGUCACAUUAACUUCCUAGGUGAUUUCGGCGAUCAACCCCAGGUACGACCUCUUGCUGGUCAAACGCUUUAAUAUGUGACGUCAUAGAAAACCUUAGAUGAGUAUUGUGGAGACUUGGAUAACAAUCCGUUUACAUUAUGUUUUCUUCAUGUUACAUCAAUCCUCACAGUAAAUAUUGUCCUACACAAAACGAAAACCAAAAGCAGCUCGAGGAACAUAACUGCGAGAAAUUUCUUUACUUCCAUAACAUUUCUACAGUCAAAUUUCCAAUAGUAAUUUCAACAAGCUGGAAAUAUCCACAACUUUAAUGGCCGGAUCAAUUUGAAUACAGAAAGGCUGGGUCAGGAAGAAUAUCACGUUUAUUAGCCGGGAAUCCUCAUCCCUUUUAGGAUAAUGUAAACACCAAGCAUAUAUAAUAAUAUUGUUUUCAGUGACUAACUAACACGUAAUCUGCCCCGUGAAUAAUCUAUAGACGCAUCGUACUUCAGUGACUAAUCGUAAUUCAAUGCAACUUAGCUGACCAAUACAGAUUUGUGUACUGGGUUCUCAACAAAACUAUUUUAAUAAGAGCUAGUGAACCUACUAAACCAUACAAAUGAAAUUUUUGGGGUAGAUUCGUCUUUACACGAUUACAGAAGUGUGAGCCUUGUAGUGUCACCUGAAGUAACGGAAAAACGAAGACUAAGGGUCAAUUUCUUCGGGUUUACUUAUUGAUUGAGAGUUCAUGAUAAUUCAAACAAGCCGGUUAAAAGAAAGUUAAACGAUAGCUAAUAUUUUGGUAGCUGGAACUGAUAGUAGUGAUUAACUAACACAUAGCUAAUGUAGAUUAAAAAGUAAUCAAAGUAAUAGGUGUCAUCUUAUGAGAUCUAUUCAGGAGUAUGCCAAUCACAUAAAGCAAAAUACAUGAGAGUUGAUACACAAUACGUACGUAACGCCUGUAACGGAACUUUUUGAAUAUAACGCUUACACCGACAUCCGAUAUUUAAUAUAUCAUUGGGAUGAAGUUAAAGAAACCUCUCAAAUGAUGUGGUCCUAGUUGAAAACACUCCAGUCAUGCUUUAUGCGGAAAUUCAGAAAUUCUCAUCUCUUUGAUCAUGAAUAAUCCCAUUAACUUUCAAAAUAUCUCUACCUUUCAUUAAAAAAGGACGAGCUGCUUUUUUCAUUCUUUUUUUUACUUUCGCCUUGCUAAUAAUGUCUAUUUCUACUACAGCGAAAUUUAAAUGUUGAAUCUCAAAGUCUUGGUAUAAUGGCAAAAAAUCCUGUAGAAAGUUUGUUGUAAGUAGGCUGUGGAUACCUAUUUCCACCGACCCUAUAUUGCUUCCUUGCUACUUAGACAAUUAUUUUAAAGUGUUGAAACCAAAAAUAGAUUUCGUGUUAUAAAUUUGUGUUCAUUGCUUCCGUUUACCCCAUUUUAUGCCUAUUGGGGAUGAGAACCACUUGAUAUACAAAUUUUAUUACCGCGCUAAAUUCGACUCAUUUGGUUACACAAAUGAGUUUCGUAUUUGCGUAAACUGUGUGUAUCGCACACCGCGUUUGUCCAUUUUUGUACUCAAUGACAGUGUUUGUGACACGUUACAGAAGCCAUGUUAUAUUUUUGGGCAAACACGGAGACUUUUACGAUUUUGUGUAAGUUUAGUCUGGAUGUCUACUUUCUAGUGAAUGUAUCUACAGGGAUAGUAUCAACAUCUUGAUUUUAAAUUUCAUUUGAAACGGCGGCAUUGUCGUUGACAAAUACAAAAACGUCUAAUUCUGUUGUCGAACACUCUAACGGAGCUGCCAUCAAAAUAGCGAAUCUUUUCAUUGUGCUUAAUAAUUAUUUAAAUACUCCGACUCCAGUCUGACUAAAGUUAUGAAUAUUUAGUAUAUUCGUAACUUGCCUACUAUGACCAUCUAUUUUUGAUGGACUCCAAGGCAUAACUAAAGUUCUAUAAAAUAAUUAUCAGUUAGACGUCCUUCCGCUUUAGACUUAAACCUAAUACAUCACACAGUCAGUCACCAACAUGGUCUCGUGUGCUGUUACGGGUGUGAGGGCUGAUGUCACUUCCCGGCUGCCCACACCAUGGAAGGGUAUGUCUUGAGGAACCUGAAAAAGAAAUUGGAUUAGUGUUGGUCUUGACGACCUGGGAGCGUGACCGCAGAGCCCAAGGGACAACUGCUUGAGGUCGGUCGCGCACGGCCUUAUUGUGGAAGGUUUUUAAUUUCUUAGCUCCGUUCUUUAAAGGGCCUUACCGCCGGAGACGGAAAUCCGUGAGGUAAGGUGAGGUGUGACAUUUUUUAGGGUCGACCUUUUCUAACCCCACUCCUCCCUGUGGGAAGGCAGCAUCGCUGUCAUGCUGGUUGUCCGAGGGAAACACCUUAUUGCUGUCACAUCUCUCUGCAGUCAGCAGUACGACUUCGCCCUCAGACCUUGAGUUGCUGCUUUUAGUCUUAACGUUCACCAAUCGACCUGCCUGGCAUGGUAGAACCUACAGGAACAUAUGUUCCAGCCAAUAUAGCUCGUUUGGGUCAUCACGAUAAGCAAGCUCGACUACCGCGUCAAGGUAGCAGCUUCGGUCAGUCACCUCGGUCCUUCGCUACACGGUAUCCAUUAGAUUGUUAUGAUAACAAUAGCUAAUAUUACAGACGUUGAUAUCGAAUACCAGUCAUUUUAUGGACGCGAUCAGGUUGCUGCAAAUUUGGGUCUACAUAAAUGAAUUGAAUAUAUUUUUAACAAUCUCUGAAUAAAGUACGUACUCAUAGUAGAUACUAUUUACUUACUUGACGUGGUUCUAUAAAUGAAAGCCAAUCAGAUGCGUAAGUCGGUAGUAAACCCAUAGUGUGGCACUUGUACAUGGCUAGUGCUAGUAUAACUAGGUUGCCAAGUACAUACACAAAGCAUUGUAUUGUAGCUUGACUUCCCUCGAUAAGGUUAAAUGCUGUAC